AUGCCAGGGAUGAAGUCAUCGCCUGGUGUCAGAUGUGCAGAGUUUACCAUCAUCCGGGAGCCCACCGAGCCCACUUCGCCGUCAUUCAUGGGUAGUAGACAGGACUACUAUCCCCUGCCUCUCGCCUUUCUCGCAUUGAGAGACAGAGAUCUGGCGCCAAUAAUUCGGUGUGAUAGCUUUUUGGUUCGGUUCGGUCGUGUGGGCUUGGUAUCCCGAUCAACCUUUCUUUAUAAAGCUCCCCGCCUCCUCUUUCUUGCUGUUUCUGCUCUCUCUAGUUUACAUCAAGGAAUAUUUAAACCCAGGUCCUCGUCCCCCUUGUUCGAUUGUCAUUCGCUUUCAAUUGAAAUAUCGUCUUGUACUGUUCAUUCGCUCAACAUGCAGACUACAUUCGCUCUCGCUGCUCUGGCCUCUGUUGCCUUUGCCCUUCCUCAAGGUGGCCCAUCCAACAAGUCCCCUGAUACUCCUUCUCCAGCAGGAUGCCAAAAAACCUAUAAUGGGGAGUUCCAAAUCACCAUUGUCAAUGGCUCGUCGACUGCUGUGACUAAGCGCCAAACCACCUGUGGCCAAGCGAAUCUCUUGACCGCAAAGCUCGCCGACGGUGUCCUCACCGACUCUCAAGGCCGCAUUGGUUCCAUCGUUGCAAACUAUCAGUUCCAAUUCGAUGGACCACCUCCACAAGCUGGUGCACUCUACACUGCAGGCUUCUCUGUCUGCCAGAACGGAACAUUGGCUAUUGGUGGCUCGGCAGUCUUCUAUGCGUGCCAGAGUGGAGAAUUCUCCAACCUCUACGACCGCGCCUGGGCUAAUCAAUGCAAGCCUGUCUUCCUCAACGUCCUCCCAUGUGGUUCUUCUGGAGGCGCUGGUCAAAAGCCUGAUGGACAGCCAACAUUCACCUCUGCCGCUCCUCCAGUCUCCCAAAUCGGAGAUGGUCAACCACAAGGAACCACUGCUGUCAACCCACCAGUCACUCAGAUCGGAGAUGGACAAGUUCAAGUACCAACCAAGGCUCCACACCCAGUCACUCAAAUCAGCGAUGGACAGAUCCAGGUUCCCAAUGGAGUUCCCAUCACUCAAAUUGGCGAUGGACAAGUUCAGGCACCAACUGGCGUCACCCAGAUCUCUGAUGGACAGGUUCAAGUUCCUACCUCUGCUCCAGCUCCUCCCGUCACCCAAAUUUCAGACGGACAGGUUCAAGUCCCCACUGUCGCUCCUACUCCAGUCACUCAGAUUUCCGACGGACAGGUCCAAGUCCCAACUGUCGCACCAACCCCAGUCACUCAGAUCCCAGACGGACAAGUUCAGGUCCCAACAACAGCCGCUGGCCCAACCGUCUCUCAGAUUCCCGACGGACAAGUCCAAACCAACACCACCAUCCCCGUCAUAGUCGGCCCCAACGCCGGAAACGGCUUGAAGGUUGCCGGCUCCCUCGCCGCCAUCAUGGCUGGCCUCGCCGCCGUGCUCCUCUUGUAA